CUCAACAUCACCAAGCGACGAACCUUUUCGCAACUCGUCCAUCUUGACUCUCUUCUGCGUCAUUAAGUAAGCCGCUUUAGCAAAGAUCGAUGUGUGCAUGCAGUUUUCGCAAUCAUACGCAUUAACGCUGGUUUACGGCUACAGUACGAUGAAAAUCGAAAAUCGACCACAACACUGUAUGUGAGAGUGCAAACCGCUCAUCAGUAUAGAAUCCUCGCGAUCUACCCGAUCCACUCGCCGAUCUACACAGCAUCUCCACUUCAACUGUAUCCGUGUGCGUGCGUGUGUGUGUGUCUGUUUGAGUUGAAUUAAGAGCGCUAGUGUGAAUUCACUUUGCGCACAGCGCAUUAGCGUUAGAGACAGAGAGAAAGAACGAGAGCGCUAGAGAGAGGGUACGAGCCCCUACUGCGAGCGCACGGCCGUCCUGCGCCACACCGGUGGGGUAGUUUUGAUCGCUCCCCCUUUUUUUCUCAGUGUAGCUUUUAUAAAGCGCAGUGUCGUACGGUGCGUUGUAUUUCAUUUAAAGCGUCUCCUCGCUGCGGUCGCGUCGCGGUUCUCUGUGCGUUGGCGGGUUUUUUUUCGCUUUCGUAUUUCGUCUCCUACAUUCCAGUGCCGAUUCUGUUCUAGUGGAUUGCGCGUCCAUUAAUGCUGCGGCUGCCCGUGUGCUGAGUGGCAGAAAGUGGACACUUGCAGAAACUGCGGGAAAGCUUCAUCCCUCCUAUCUUCGGUCUCUGUCGGUCCGUGCACACCGUUUGCAUGCGUCGUGCCUAGAGAGUGUAGAGCCUGUGUGCGAAGGAUUCUCACCGUGACAGUGCGUAGUGACUGUUCGGAAAGCGCCCCCGAAAAGUGACAGCAGUUUGUGCCGGCGGGAGGACACAAAACAUUUGGCAAACAGUGAAAACGAAAUCUAAAUCCUUGUUUCAAGACUGAAGAAAUUCCAGUGAACUGAAGCUGCUGCUGUGUGAUAAAAGAGUGUCCCUAGGUGCGGUGUUGUUCUGUGUUUGAUAGUGAAGCUGCUGAAACACUUCUGCUCCCCCCAUCCCAGCACAACGGGCGUGGGCUAAAGAUUUUGACACAUUGCGAGCAGUUGAGAGGUGGAACAGCUGUUCUUAGUUUGUGAUACGACCCCAAAAGACUUUAGACAACCUGGUCAAUGUCAACACUGCCUGCAGGCGUUCACUAGAGCUCCCCAUUUCACACUCAAGUGCUAAACGUGUAGGCUAUCCGGCUCCGGUUGCGGCUUCUAUAGAGCGCAAACCCCGACGGCAUAGUGCUUCUUCUUAAAAGUCUGAAAAGUUGUUCCAAAAACACAUACACCUAAUACCACAAAAUGGCUUCCACAAAUGCAACCACCUCGUCCAACUACUGGGACUUCCUGUUCACCGAGCUGGCCGAUCCGCGGACGAACCACUGGCCGCUGAUCUCGUCCCCGGUGCCCGGUCUCACCAUCAUUGCCAGCUACCUGUACUUUGUGCUCAACUUUGGUCCGAAGUAUAUGGCCAACCGGAAACCGUUCCAGAUGCAGAAGACCCUGGUCGUGUACAACUUCAUUCAGGUGCUAGUCAGCAUAUAUCUGUUCGCGGAGGGUCUGGACGGUGCCUGGCUACGGCACUACAGCUGGAGAUGUCAACCGGUGGACUUCAAUGACAAUCCCGCCGCUAUGAGAGUCGCCCGUGGCUGCUACAUCUACUUCCUGGCCAAAAUCUCCGAGCUACUGGAUACGGUGUUCUUCACGCUGCGGAAGAAAGACAACCAGAUCACCUUCCUGCACCUGUACCACCACACCGUCAUGCCGAUGAUCUCCUGGGGCGCUACCAAGUAUUACCCCGGAGGACAUGGUACAUUCAUCGGUGUGAUCAACUCGUUCGUGCAUAUUGUGAUGUACACCUACUACAUGAUGGCCGCCAUGGGACCUCAGUACCAGAAGUACCUCUGGUGGAAGAAGUACAUUACCAACCUGCAGAUGAUCCAGUUCGGUAUGGCAUUCGCGCACUCCGCUCAGCUGCUCUGGACCGACUGUGGCUAUCCGCGCUGGUCCGUCUUCUUCACCCUGCCGAACGCGAUCUUCUUCUACAUGCUGUUUAACGACUUCUACAAGAAAUCGUACGGCUCGAAAAAAGCCCAGCCCACCCCAGUCACUGCCACCGAUAGCGCCUCCGCCGUCAAGUCGAUCGAAAACAAUAACUCGCCAAAGGUUGCCAGCAAGGAGCUGUGAGGGAUGUCACCACCGGCUACACACCACAGAUCUUCAACAAGUCUUCAACGUAACCGAAACCCAACACAACCCAACAGACGACCUAGCGGGCACCAUCACGCCCGAUGGUAAGCUGGCCACCAACCUGCAUGCAGCAGCUACACCUCGACCACGACUGGUCCGAUAUGCCGCUGCACCGUACCAUUGGACGGAACAGUGUUCCGUGUUGCUCAAACCGUACCUUGAACGUACCCAUGAUGACUAGUGUUGCGUACCAGGUGGCCCAAGGUUUCCAGUCUUUCUCUUGCGCGUGAGGGCGUGCACAACAGCGGGUGGCUUACUGAUACAAUCCUGCGGCGAGGGAGAGACCAUCCUAUGGGAGAAUUGCUCAAAAACAACAAAAGAAAGGGGAAACAUGGGGCGCAUGGGACAAGUGAUCGAUUCCGAAAUCAAUAGAAGGUUAGGUAGCGAUCUAGGGUAAUCUUAGCCAGUAAGUCUACUUCGUUUUAUAAAGAAAAAUAAAUUAAUGAUACAACCUGAAA